AAAUCGAAAUUCGAACGCGGUCACACUGAGCACGUGGAAGACGAAGCAGCUGAAGCAGGCGAAUAUAAUAUUUUGGAAAACAACGCAAUAGCCGCAACAGCAACAACGACAGAUCACAUCAUGGAGGCAGAGCUGGAGAACAUCAAGGCGGAGGCGUUCGAGCCGGCGAAGAGGGCGCCCAAACGCGGGGCCACCGGGGGCGGGCAACAGGACAUGGAGAUGCAGGUGGACGAGGCGACCGGCAUCGAGGGCCAGGUGCUGGGAUCGUCGCGAGCAUCGGCUCCGCCCAAGGCGAAGAGGGCCAGGAGCGAGCUGCGCAAGGUGUCCGUGCCGCCGCACAGGUACUCCUCGCUGAAGGAGCACUGGAUGAAGAUCUUCACGCCCGUGGUGGAGCACAUGAAGCUGCAGAUCCGGUUCAACAUGAAGGCGCGCCAGGUGGAGCUGCGCGUGGGCCCCGAGACGCCGGACAUAGCCAACUUGCAGCGCGGCGCGGACUUUGUGCGCGCCUUCCUCUGCGGCUUCGAGGUGGACGACGCCCUGGCCCUGCUGCGGCUGGAGGACCUCUUCGUCGAGUCCUUCGAGAUCAAGGACGUGAAGACGCUGCGCGGAGACCACCAGUCGCGCGCCAUCGGACGCCUGGCCGGCAAGGGCGGACGCACCAAGUUCACCAUCGAGAACGUGACCAAGACCCGCAUCGUGCUGGCCGACAGCAAGAUCCACAUCCUGGGCAGCUAUCAGAACAUUCAGCUGGCGCGUCGAGCCGUCUGCAACCUGAUCCUGGGCUCGCCGCCCAGCAAGGUGUACGGCAACCUGCGGGCCGUCGCCUCGCGCCUCUCGGAGCGCAUGUGAUUCAGGACAGGAGUAGUUGCGUUUUUUUUUUAGCAUUAGCAAUAAAUAAUAAAUAUAACAUGUA